AUGGCUUUCUCCACUAGAAGCUCCCUUUUCUUCUUCUUCACGACACUUGUUCUUCUCUCCACCCAAAUCAAUGCAAGAGACAGCUACUUCUUUGGCAAAUUCCACCGAGAAUCCCCCAAAGACCAAACUGCUAACAAUGUCCUCCCUCUCGAAACCAGCGAGAAAACCUCAGUGGAAGAAUCUGUCCCCAACAAGAAAGAGCAAGAACAAGAACCUACCUUUCUCCCCGAGUCCGAAAACGGAUACGGCUUAUACGGUCACGAGACCACCUACAACAACAACAACAAAGAGGAGUUCAACAACAACAACAACAAAGAGGAGUUCAACAACAACAACAAGUACGAUGAAAAAUUCAACGGCGAGACUUUCUCAACUCCAAGCCUGAGCGAGACCGAAGAGUCGUCUUACAACAACUACGACGAAAAGUAUCCGAAAAAGACGGAGAGCUACGACAAUAACCGUUACAACAACGAGGAGUUCAACAACAAGUACGAUGAAAACGUCAAAGAAGAGUCGUUCCCCGAGAACAAUGAAGAGAAGAGAAGCUUCUACAACUCCAACGCUUACGGGACGGAGCUAGAACGUGAAACACCGUACAAAGGUUACAGCCAUAAUUUAGAGAGACAAGGCAUGAGUGACACAAGAUUCAUGGAGAAAGGUAGCUACUAUUACGACCUUUACAACGACAAAAACCACGGCCAUUUCUACCGGAAACCUCAUCAGAAAAGCCCCGCCGGUUAUUAUACUUCUCCCACGACCGAGAAUAACUACGAGCAGUCGUACUCGUACGGAAACAACAACAACAACAACAACGAGGAGGAGAAGAGCUUCAAGGAUCCGUACAAUUCCAAGUGGGAGAAGAACAUGAUGAACGAACAGCCCGAGGAGUUUGCUGAGGAGCAAGGAGAUCAAUUCAAGCCUUGA